AUGACCAUUCGUUUUAACGUUCUAACCGGUUGUGAAAGUGGUAUUGUAAAAGGUAUUGAUACAUCAAAUUGUGGUGUAUAUGUAAUUCAUAAACCGGUUGCAACAUAUGCUGAUGCUGUGAGUCUUCUUGAAUGGUCAUUAGCAAAUAAUGAAACUGAUUAUAUGGAGGCAUUUAUUGCCACACAAAAAAAUCAAAUAAUGCGUUUAAAAUUUGCUGAUGAAUCCAUAGAAUCAAUAGGUACAAUUACUCGUGCGAGUCCACUCAAAGGUCUAGCUUAUCUUGGUGAAAACAGAUUUGUGACAUGCUCUGAAAAUGGUGUUCUAUCUAUUGAUCGCAUUGAAAAUGAAUCUCUUGUAUCUGAAAUUGAAGCAAAUGCUGGUCCAGACAUAUGUCGACUACGUAUUAAUCCAUUUAAUCGAGACUAUUUUGGCACGGGUGGUAAAGAAAAUGACUUAAAAAUAUGGUCAAUAACAGAACUAAUGAAAAAUGAAAAAACAAAAAAUAAAUCAGUUAUUUUUCAAGCGAAAAAUGUACGACCAAAUGCUUUUCGACUUCGAAUGCCAGUUUGGGUAACAGAUUUUCAAUUCAUUGAUGAACGAAAUCGAUGUCUUGUAUCCACCGGUCAUCAUCAAAUCCGCCUUUACGAUCCGCAAACAAGUGCACGUCGACCUGUGCAUGAAAUCGAAUUUGAACAAUAUCCAAUUAUGUCUAUUGCAUUACUUCAUUCCUCUAAUAACCAACAUUUUCUUGCCGGUAAUACUCAAGGUGAAAUGGCACAAUUUGAUAUUAAACGUUUAUCAUCAUCAGCUAUGGUACAUAAAUAUAAUGGCGUUAUGGGUAGCAUACGUUCGAUAGAUACACAUCCAACAUUACCAUUAAUAGCAUCAGCUUCUAUUGAUCAAUAUAUUCGUAUUCAUAAUGCAGAAACAUAUCGACAAGUAUCCAAGUUUUAUCUAAAAUCUCGUCUUACGUCUGUGCUGUUUUCGCCACAUUCAAUAGCAAAUCGAGAAGAACAACAAGAAAAAACUGUUGAAACAAAUACUGAAGAAAUUGAAAACGAUGAAGUCUGGUCACAAUUCAAACGAAAAUUACCGAAAGAAUCAUCCGAAAAAUCUUCAUCGAAAUCGUAUCCGAAGAGAAAAAAGAAAAGCAACUUUUGA